AUGUCGAUCCCCAAAAGCAGGCUUUUGAAGAUUGCCAACCUAUCGGCCAAAAUAUUUGAUGAGAACUUUAACCCAACUGCCACGAGAACAGGCAGCAAGAUCCUCUCAAAAAGACUAAAAGGCCCAUCCAUAGUCGGCUACUACGGGAACCCAGACUUUUUAAAGUUCAAGCAUUUGAAGACUUUGUAUCCAGGCUUCAGCUUUGUUGACCAGCAAGAGGAGUAUAGACUGCUGAUGAACGAGGCAAGGAAGCGUAGAGGCAAGGGUGCUCCAGCAAAGAAAAAGGAAGCUAGUAAGGAUAAAAGCAAGACAAAAAAGAGAAAGUGA